AUCAAAUCCCAGCAGAGUGAAGUAACCAGAAUCCUUGAUGGGAAAAACAUCAAGUACGAGCUGGUGGAUAUCUCCCAGGACAACGCUCUCCGGGAGGAGAUGAGGGCGAAGGCAGGCAACCCCAAAGCCAUCCCACCCCAGAUCGUCAACGGAGACCACUACUGCGGGGAUUAUGAGCUCUUUGUGGAAGCGGUGGAGCAAAACACCCUGCAGGAGUUCCUGAAGCUGGCCUGAGCCCUGGGCUCCCCUCCCAUCCUGGACUCUACCUGCAUUCCUGAGCACCCUCAUCUCCGACCACCUUCACUUCCAGGUUGUCAGCGCUGUCCUGGCACCGUGACCUUUAUCCCAGCAUAGGGAAUCCCAUGACCAAAACUACUCAUUGCAGCUGCCUACGAUUCCCUCCUGCCUAACCCUAAUAUCAUCUCAGAGGGAUCCAAAGAAAGUCUGACGCUCGCUGCGCAUGGCCUUUGAACAAAGCUGGGUCUGGCUCACACCGCAGCUUCCAGUGCCUCUGUAAACAGCAAAACCUCUGGGGCUGUGCGAAGUGCAGCCAUCUGCCGGCCCUCUCCUCUGCAGGGAGAGCUUCUGCUUCAGGAGGGAAGGGCUUAGGGUUGCAUGUUACUUCCCACUUCUCCCAGUUGCUGUUAAAAUUGUAAAUCCUGCUGCCUCACUUCCUUUAUUUU